CCAGCCAUUAGGUCAGAACCCGAGUUAUUGGAAAGUAGUUCCCUACGACUCCGAGUUCCCAAGGCCGGACCUCAGGUGUUUUCAGAGCUCGCGACGCAUGUAUGGCUGCGCGAAAAGAGCAUACGGGAUGUUACAGAUACCAGUCAGCUUGCGACGCUUUUCAAAAAGUGGUGCGAUUUGUAACCAGUCGGAUGUAACAGCUCCGCCAUCACCUUGCAACGCGAUGUGGGCUCCGGCUCAAUCGCGUUCGCGCGCUGCUGCAAGCUCGCGAUUCCCGUCUGUUGGCGAAGACGGAACAGAAAUGUUCCUUUGCAGCCUCGAGCUCAUCUCAUGACGGCAAGUUCGUUUUUUUCACCCAUCUACCAGUCAACCGCAAGCAUUCUCCUCUUUUUCGUAGACGAAGCGCCUCCUAGUACUCGGGCAGCGGGCGAGCAAAACGGAGGUUCAAAACAAAUUCGUUUUGGGCACGGAUCCGCCAUGAGUUCGCUGCCCAAAAAUUCCGUCAUUGUUGGCGAACGAGCCGCGGGAUUUCCCUCGGGCUGAUCCGAACUUUAAGUAUCCGAUUUCCCAUUGGGCCUGGGCCCUUAGGGCAGCAAAACCGCACACCACCGAUUUCCACAACCGUCCGAAACUUCGGCUCCAAGCAGCGGGAUGGAGCCAACAUUUCGCGGAGUAGUUUUUUUGGGGCAGCAGAUUCGUUUUUUUUCCCGUCGUCCCUGCCCGCCAUGUUUCCCUCUCCCCAAGAGAGCUCCUCUUCCUCUGCCUUGGGAUUGCAUUGCCAACGCCUACAAAUCCACAUCCGCCUGCCAUUCCAUUUCACUCCAGCAACCGCAGUUCUUCUCGCUUUCAGUGCUCGAGCUCCCAGUCACACUUUCAGUCCUCACUUGUUCAAUCUUCUUCGUGCUCACGCAUCUGCUCCUCAGAUUUCAAUUCCUUGUCCGUUUAACCCUCUCAACUGACCAUGGCCUCCCGAAACUCCCCCGCUCUCCGCGGGUUCACCAGCCGCUCGAUCGACCACGAGUUCUGGAACGAGUUCAGCGUGGCCGACGGCACGUGGCUGUACGUGCCACUGACCUCCUGCUCUGUCGACCACGAGUUUUGGAAGGAUUUCAGCGAGGAGGCUUGCACAUGGCUCUCUGGCCCGCUGUGCUUCUCUUCCGCUCAAGAUUCUUCCAUCGAGCAUGCUUUUUGGGAGGACUACUCAGAAGAGGAGUGCACGUGGCUGUACGCUCCAUGGAUUCCGUUCAGCGAACCCGUUGUGACCUUGACGCUUUGUGCAGCACCUGCUGCUGUCAACACUGCGCUCAGCAGCACGUCAACGACUGGCUGCAGCAGCAGCAGCGCUAGCAUCGCCAGCAGCAGCAGCAGCAGCGGCAGCAGCAGCGCGAGCAGCAUGAUCAGCAGCAGCGAAACCAGCAGCAGCAACAGCAGCGAAUGCAUCAGCAGCAGCAGCUCCAGGCGUGCGAACAGCGCUGGCACGAGCAUGAGCGCGAGGCGGAAGCAGUGGGUGCAGACCGUUGCAUUCCGUGUGGGGCGCUUCAACGAGGAGGACGAGUGCAAGCCGCGCUCCCCCCGUGCCUCGCUGGGCUUCUCCCCCCUGCGACCCAAGGCCGUGGCGAAGCCGGCGAGCAAGAAGCCCAGGCCCAGGGAUGUCAUGGCAAGCGCCGCUGCUGUCAGGUCCAGAGCGGUGCAGAGCGGCCAGGCCACGGCGGCAGCUGCAGCAGUCAAGGCGACGCCAGCUAAGGCCGCGCCAGCUAUGGCGACGCCAGGUAAGGCAACGCCAGCUAAGGCGACGCCGUCUAAGGCGACGCCAACUAUUGCUACGCGUGCGAAAGCUGCUGGGAAGGAUGGUACAGCAAAGGCUGCUGCUGUUGUGAAAGCUGCCGGUGCUAAGGGAGGUGCUGGGAAGCGUGCAGCAGCGAAGGCUGCACCUGCUGCAGGGGUAACGGCUGAACCGAUCAGCAGCGGGAAGGUGGCGGCCAAGGGUGUGGUGAGUGCAACGGCAGGGAAGACGCCAGUUGCUGCUGCUGGUGCAUCCCAGAUUUCUAGAAAUGCGUCUGGAAUUCCCAAGCCGGCGCCUGCGAUUCCCAAGCCUGCGGCUGCGAUUCCCAAGCCUGCAUCUGCGGUUCCCAAGCCUGCGUCUGCGAUUCCCAAGCUUGCGUCUGGAAUUCCCAAGCCUGCUUCGGGAAUUCCCAAGGCUGCGUCAAGAAUAGCAGCAGCAGGCGUGGCAGUGAAGUGAAGGUGCAAAGCAUCAGGCGGAUCCAGUGCCUCGGCAGAGGGUCAUGGAGGGUGGAAGGUCAUUUAAAGCAGUGAGACGGGCAUGUGGCAUGGCUGGUGGGGGCUAGUUGGAGGGCAAUGGAGGGUCGUACCCCUUUUUCCACCCUGCUUGCAGGGUGUUGUGGGAGAGAUGGGAGGAGAGGUGGAGGAAUGAGGAAAGCUGGAGUGUGGUCAGUGGGAUGUGGAGGGGCACUGGAUCUGCUGCAACAUACUAGAUUUUCUCAUUAUUUAUUAGUAAUCUGUUACUAGUGUAGUGUGUCCUUAGCAGCUUGUACUGAUUCAUAUUAUAUAGUCCAUGUGUGGUAUCAUUGCCUUGUCAAGUGGGUGUGGGGGCAUUAAAGGUGUGAGUGGAAG